CUCAUUGAACAUUGAGCAAAGAUAAUAAAUUCGCUCAGGGAUCAACAUCGGCUUCAUUGCUACGCAUUCUCCAAGUCCAGAUCCUUUCAAUUUCCGCCACAUUCAAGUCCAUUCCUUUCUUAUCAAGGAUACCUUUCCAGCGCCAUCCAUGUUCGCCGGGUUCCAUUCCAUGACACAAACAGACGCCGAGCUAGCCACUCUGUCGUUGCAUGAAGAGCGCGACUAUCGAUUCACGUCCUUCUCCGCAUCCGAUGCUGUCACUUUGGGCUUGUCGAUCCGAAAAAGAUUCCGCGGCUCUUCACGCCAUGUCAAGGGCAAGGGCCUAGUGAUAUCGAUUCAAACCAUUGCGGGGCACACCCUUUUCUCCUGUACAGUCGGCGAUCUAGGCCACCCUGAUGGUGUAGGCGACGUCAGUCUAGAUAGUUGGGCCUGUCUGGAGGGGAUGGUCAGUGUCGUACGCAGGACGGGUCACUCGAGCUUCUACGUUGAGAAAUCGAUGAGUGCAAUGGGCAAGACACCCAAGCAGAUGGGUAUUCAAGGCGAUUUUCGUGUAAAUGGAGGAGCGUUUCCUAUAUGGUUACAGAAUGCACCCUGUUGUCCCAUUGGUGUAGUCGCUUGUUACUCGGGCUCUUCACAAGACGACCAUACCUUGGUCGUGCACACUGUCCGCGAUUAUCUGGCCAAGCUCAUGAGGCCAGCGGGUGCCGGGACAACAGCACCAGAGGCUAUCCCUCCAAUGGUCAACGUUCCACCUCCCGAUGUUAACCGCGAAAGCAAUGACUGGGAACAUGCAACCACCGACUAUGGGCUCUCAGAAGCACCCUAUUCACACACUUGAAUGCUUAGAUCUAUUGGUUGGCCUACUGACCAGCAGGACAAUUGCAUUUUGGCAAUGUCGUGGGGGGGCUGGGCACUUCGAAAUGAGGACCAAAUAAAUUGUAUAAAUGGAGGAUACAUAAGAUUUUAGAUCAUGAAAAUAUAUUUCUAACAGAAAUUCAC